AUGGAUUCAGGAGACAGACAGCUGGCCUUGAGGCUUAUGCUUGAGGACCUAGCUAAAAUGGAGGCACAGGCGGCUAGGGAAGGUCCUAGCAUCGAAAACUUGAACGAUUUUAAUAUGGCCAUCAGGCAGAUGCGAGAGGAAGUUUUGGCUGCUCAAGCAGUCACCAGGGACUGGAUCAGGGCCCACACCUUGAAUGAAGACGCCUCCCCAUUGGCUUGGCCCCGGGUGGUACCGCAAGAUCAAACCGACCAAACCCCUGAUCGUCCCCUUUCCGAUGCUGAGAGCGAUGAUAGUUCGUUUUCAAGUGACCUCGAAUUGAUAUCCGAGAAUGACUCCAACAGCUCAUCUUCAAUCGAAGAUCCCUCCUUCCAGCCCGAGGACACAGACGAUGACACAGACCUAGAGUACCUUGCUGAUGGUAAAGUGGAAUUUCACUCGCUCAGUGAUGUGGAUCUCGGUCUGCCCCGAACGAGGUCUCUGGCCAAAGACAUAAAACACCAAGUCAUUGAUUUGACGCAAGACUCAGACGUGGAAAAAACAUGUGUCUCCUGUCUAGAGGAGAAUAAAUCGACCUACUCUGCUGGGCCUUGUGGCCACGAAUACUGCGGCGAGUGUUUAAAGCAAAUGCUUCUUGUCGCAACGAAGGACGAGGAGCGCUAUCCACCUCGCUGCUGUGGGAAUAAUAUCCCCAUUGUCGUCGCCAGUGCGAAAGUUCUGAGCAAGAAGCAGCUGAAGGAAUUCAAUGAGCGAAGCAUUGAAUGGAGCACAAAAGAUCGACUCUACUGUGCGAAUGCUCGAUGUGCUCGAUUCAUUCCUCCGUCGAAAAUUACCAAUGAGCAUGGCACUUGCAAAGCGUGUAACACGAAGACUCAUGCUAUUUGUCGCCUGGUUGCCCAUCCUAAAGAGGACUGUCCUAAGGACACCGCACUUCAGGAUGUUCUACGGAAGGCCCGCUCGUUAAGAUGGCAGCGAUGCAAUAAAUGUAGGGCCAUGGUGGAGCUCGUCUAUGGCUGCCUCCAUAUAACUUGCCGGUCAGUAUAUUGA